AAUCCACGAACAUACAUACUGGUGAGAAAUGAGCCUCGUAGUUUUUACAUGUAUAUUGCGAUUGACCUAUUUACACGCUCAUGAUUGUAGUACACCGCCUAAGUAACUAUUUUUACGCGCAUAGCUGUGUUGUUGUUUACUCGGGUCCAGAACAUAGCUGUAAUGUUCUCACACGCAUGGCCAGACCCGCAGCUGCACACGCACACAGCGAUGCGUUCCGUUGUUUUGCAUUGAAACCGUCGCGUCGAGUCUUAUCGCGUGAUCUUUCAAUUCCCUUUUGCUCGACUUCUUUUCGCGGAGUUGAUGCAGUAGAAACUUCGAGACGAAGCCGCCCGCACACAUAGUUUGUACCGCCGCAGAAUCGAACCCCCCGCUAUUCUUGUAAUAUAAUUGUACUAUAACCACCAAUAUAAAAUAAUCAAUAAAUAAUAAAUAAGCUCAAGAUAUAAACGAUUAUACAGUCCACUAAUUCAUAACCAUAACAAAAAUUGGUCCUUCGAGCCGGAUUUCCGCGUUUGAGUUUAUUUAUACAUAUACAUAUUGAGUGAUACCGUUACCCGCUGUUUGCCAUGAAGGCCCUAGUGCAUCGUCUAAUUCAGCAACGUGGGGCCUGCAAAUCCCAAUUAACUCGCGUGGCUGCGGAGGCUCAAGAGUUUGUACAGUCAUGUACUUCUGUGCAAACAUUAGAGCACAAGUUGGACCGACUUGUUGCAACUUUCAACCGCUUUAUGGAGCUGUCUGAAGAGCUGGUCCAAUAUAAUGAUGAAGAGGAAUACGUGGAUCCGGAUUUGGACAUCCCCGAAUAUGAGAAAAGGUUCUUUAGUGCGCAUAGUAUCUUCACUGAAGCCAUACGUGACCGGAGCAGUCACGAGACUGAGCACGACAACUCAAAUCUACUGCUAUCGACCACUGUGGAACGCUUAUUUGAGGGACAAACUCAACUUCUGGAGAGGAUUCGGGACUCAUCGGGAACCACAGAGCUGCAGUUCGAGAAAAUACGCAUUCCGACGUUUUCGGGCAGAUACGAGGAUUGGUGUCAGUUUAGUGACUUGUUCUUAGGCUCAGUCGACAAGAAGAGUAGUCUGUCCAAGUGCCAAAAGUUUCAUUAUUUGAAAUCCUAUCUGGAUGGUGAAGCGUUGUCUCUGAUAAAACAUAUUCCCGUAUCGGAUGCCAAUUACCAGGACGCAUGGGAGAGGCUCGAAAAUCGCUACAACAAGAAGUCACUGAUUGCUCGUUCGUUCAUUCAAAACUUUCUUUCGUUGCCAACCGCAAAGGGUUCAAACAUCGCCGAGUUGCGUAAGAUAGUCGACACCGCUGACGAAAGUAUACGUGGUCUACAUGCGCUGAGCUGCGACAGCCGCGAUGUGUGGCUAAUCCAUAUCUUGCUCUCAAAGUUAGACCCGGAAUGCAAGGAAGCGUGGGCCACCUCCAGUGAAUCGUGCAAGGAAAAUGUGACCAUAAAUGACCUGUUCGGCUUUGUCUUCGCCCGUUGCGAUGCACUUGAGUCUUGUCAAGAUCCAAAGCUAAUCCAGGAUACACACACGGUGCUGAAUAAACGUCGUGCAAUUUCUCAUCAUGUGGACGUGCCAAAUACGUCUGCUCGUGAUUGUGUAUAUUGUCACGAGCAACACAGCCUUUAUGCGUGCACUCAAUUCAAGGCUCUGGAUGUUGUGGACCGCCGCAAGUUCGCAAGGGAUGGUCAUUUGUGCUUCAAUUGUCUAAGCCGAUCUCAUCAAGUCAAGGAGUGUAAUUCCACAAACACGUGCCGUCUGUGUAAGCUGAGGCACCACACUCUUGUUCAUCCAGAGGACAUACGCUCUGUCACGGCUUCCGCUGAUGUCAAUAACUCCGCUGACUCACCCGUCCGCUCGUCCAGUUUCCCUGAUGACGCUGAUCCUGCCGUGGUCAGCCAUCAUACAUUGGAGAGGAAAUUCGUGGCCAAGAGUCAGGCCAUAUUGCCAACGAUUUUGGCCACUAUAGUCGACUCCUGGGGCAACGAGACCACCUGCAGGAUACUGUUGGAUACUGGUUCGACUAUAACGAUGGUCGCCGAAUCAUUUAUUCAACGAAUUGGUUUGCCGCGCACCCACGCUCGUAUACCAGUGGUUGGUCUAGGCGCAAAUCCUGCUGGGGUUACUAGAGGUCGCGCCACAUUCACGCUGCUCUCCCGCACAAGCUCGGCCUCAGUGGUGGUAACAGGUCUGAUUAUGAACACUUUAACAUCCUCGAUUCCAGCCCAGAGGAUCGAGUCUAACACACCGAUGUGGAAAAGGAUUCGUGAUCUACCCUUAGCGGACCCUACAUUUGGUAAACCAGGCGAAAUCGACGUGAUCUUAGGAGCUGAUCAGCUUUGGAACCUGUACACUGGACAACGCAAAGAGUUUGGUUCUGAAUAUCCUAUUGCACUUCAUACUAAUUUUGGUUGGGUCAUUACAGGCAGCUACCAUCUCAGUAGUGAUGCUCACAACCACGCACUAGCACAUCACGCGCACGAGGAUCUGGACACUUUGGUUCGAUCGUUCAUGGACAUGGAACGAGUUCAACCAAGUGACGCUACCAUUGAUGCUAGUGAUCCCGCUGAGCAACACUUCGUUCAUACGCACGCCCGCAGAAACGAUGGCGUGUACAUCGUCCAAUACCCGUUCAAGGAAUCUGCCCCUCCGAUGGGGUCCACACUGCCACAAGCACUACGACGCUUUUCUUCUCUCGAGCGGAAAUUUCGAAAAUUUCCUGCGCUCAAACAACAGUAUGUCGAGUUUAUGGAGGAUUAUAUACAACGAGGACACAUGGAGGUGAUUCCUUCUAGUACCGUAGAAAACGGUCCCGCCAAUCACAAUUACUUAGCACACCACGCAGUAUUUAAACCAGAUAGCACCACCACGAAAUGCCGAGUUGUAUUCGAUGGCUCUGGGGAGGACUGCAAUGGAUCUUCACUUAAUUCACGACUACACAUCGGACCACCUAUUCAAAGGGAUUUACUUGGAGUAUGUCUACGUUUCCGUCAGCAUCGCUAUGUGUUUUGUACGGACAUUGAGAAAAUGUUUAGAGGCAUCCUGGUUUCAGAAGAUCACACGCAUUACCAACGGAUUGUCUGGCGAAAGGAGGAGACUGCUACACUCGAUCAUUAUCGAUUGCUGACCGUGACGUAUGGUUUAGCGUCUUCGCCGUUCUUGGCUGUUCGAGUCCUCAAGCAGAUCGCGCAAGAUCAUGCCGAUUUGUAUCCGAAGGCUGCUGCUGUGCUUGUACGAGACGCGUACGUGGAUGAUAUCCCUACUGGUUGCGAUAGUAUCGACGAUCUCAUUGCACUCAAAGAGGAAUUAAUUUUGCUAUUGAGCCAAGCUCAAUUUAAACUUCGAAAAUGGAGUUCAAACUGUUGGUCACUACUCAAAUCGCUGCCACAGGACAUUUGUGAGUAUCCACUUGAAGCCCUAGAGGGAAAGAGCCCAACUCAAUAUGUCAAGGUUCUUGGAAUACGCUGGGACCCGGCUGUGGACGAGCUUUCCUUCAAGUUGACCAUUCCCGACGCCACAGGGGUUCUGACAAAACGGAUUUUGCUGUCCGAGCUUGCCAAGAUCUACGAUCCACUGGGGUUGCUUGCCCCCACAACUGUAUUUCUAAAGGUUCUCUUUCAAGAUAGUUGGCUGAGCUCGGUCGACUGGAACGAACCACUACCCGCGCAGCUAUGCGCACGGUGGCAACAGUUUGUAGCUGAAGUUCAUUUACUGGAAAGCUGUCGCAUACCCCGCUAUCUAUCCUCGCCACUUCAAGCAACGGAGCUGCAUGGAUUCGCCGAUGCGUCAUCUCAUGCAUACGCCGCUGUCAUCUACAGUCGCGUGAGAGUCAAUAAUGACUACGCUGUAACACUGAUCGCCGCAAAAACCCGGGUGGCACCCAUCAAACCUAUCUCCAUCCCACGGCUCGAUACUUCGUGUUGGUCAGACUCCGAAAUUGUACUACAUUGGCUCUCAUCACCCCCACGGACUUGGAACACUUAUGUUUGUAAUCGCACGGCUGAGAUUCUAGAAGCUUGCCCACGUAGCUGCUGGCAACACAUUCGCACUGAGGACAAUCCCGCGGACUGUGCAUCACGCGGACUUUUACCAAAGGAUCUGGUAGAACAUCAACUGUGGUGGAAUGGACCACCGUGGCUUUCCCAAUCACAUCGCACUUGGCCACCUGUUAAGGCCAAGUUCGCACUGUCGACUGAGGACGCUGAGCGGAUGGAAGUAAAGGUCAAGCCCCAAGUUAGUCUACACAUUUCCAAUGAAGGAAAUGAUCUUAACUGUAUGAUCAACAAAGCUUCCUCCUGGUCACAUCUCUUGCGGACACUUAGCUAUUGCUUUCGGUUCGUACAUCGUCUUCGUUGCAAGGACCGCCUGUCAUCAUUUUUAUCGUCAUGGGAGCUUCAAUAUGCCCGCUCUAGGGUAAUCAAACAUGUCCAGAUGGAGUUCUUCCAAGUGGAGUACAGACAGCUGAGCACUGGACAAGCCCUUUCUCAAAAGUCCAAGUUGAUUCACUACACUCCAUUUGUUGACGACCAAGGAAUUCUGCGCGUAGGAGGACGCAUUGGAAACUCGAUGACAACCUAUGACGCAAAACAUCCCAUACUUCUUCCAAAGGAAUCACCAGUCGCUGUUUUAAUAGCUCGACUCCAGCGUGCCUUCCUGGCCGACAAGCCACACUACAGUGCUCAGAUGUUGGUAAGCUCCCUAUGCUUGGAUUGUACAGCAGCUGUCUUCUCGAGUCGAAUAUACUGA